AUGGCCAUAUGCAUUUUUUUAAAUGCACAUAAAUGCUUUUGCACUUUAGGAGUAUUGCCUACAACAUGUGCUUCGAUAGAUUUACCGAUGAGGAAGUCAAGAAACUCUAUAAGAUACUGUCUUGGUACCUGUGGUCGUCCAACUCCAAUUCGUUCAUCGACUCCAAGAAUAAAUAUAUCACAUCUUUUAUUAUCAAAUAUUGUAAAGAGAUUAGAUGAUAAUGUAGAUAGAAUUUGUUUGUCAUUGGUUUGCAAACGAUGGUACAAUGAAAGAAGUGGAUAUCUAUCAUUUAACACCGACAAGAUCAAUAUCUUUAAUGAGAAUAACAAACACAGUAUCUAUUUGAAUUCGUAUAAAUCAUUACUUUUCAACUCAAUCAAACAAAAGAAUAAUUGUACUCUAAUAAUUUCUGAUACAAAAUUGAAUUACGAUUAUCAUUUAGCCGAUUCUGAAUUAAUGGAAAUAGAUAGUAUCAAUACGAUGAAUGUUAGUAAAAUAGAAAUGACCACUGAUUAUCAACCUAGUGUACUGAAGAAACUCUAUCAAUUGAUAUCGGAUUGCAAUUCUAUUAGAUCAUUAAAAUAUUGUUGUAGUCUAGAUUGUGUACUACCUGUGAAUCUGACUUGUCUAUCAUUCUCCGAUGACUUUGAUGAACCAUUGUUACCUGGUUAUCUCCCACCAAAGUUAAUAAAACUUAAGUUUGGUUUAGCAUUCAAUCAACCAAUAGGAAUAGGUUUACUACCUAGUACUUUGGAGACUUUAAUUCUUGGUGAUGCAUAUAACCAUCCAAUUGUUGUCGGUGCAUUACCUGCAUCGCUUAGAGUCUUGAAUAUCAAUGGAGUUGACUAUGAGCAUGGUUUCAAAGUUGGAUCACUUCCUUUUGGAUUGCAAGAACUAUGUUACUCUAGUGUCAAAAUCCCCAUUGGCGAAGAUGUAUUGCCAACGACGCUCUUAACUUUGAAUUAUGCGCCUGUCUUAUGGAUGAAAUCGAUUCAAUCACUCACCAAUUUGAAAACAUUGUCUUUUAGUGAUCUAAACCAUAGUAUCAAUGAAUCGUUUGAUUUGGAUAUGUUACCACGUUCACUAACAAAUCUGAGUGUAUUCUCAGUGACUACUCUCACUUCUUCUUUGUCGACAUCGAUCAAACAUCUCACUAUCUCAAGGGCAAAGUAUAAUGUUGAUGAGAUAUUCAAACAUGACCGAUCACAAUAUCAAUUUGAAUCACUUACGGUCGAUGCUCUCAAACAAGAAUCACUCGAUGGUCUGGCGAUAAAGGUAUUAACAUUAAAUUUCACCCAUGAUAUUAAAGCACCAAUCAGAUCUAUUCCAAUAGGUGUCAAAGAGUUGUUUAUUCGAUACAAUAAGAAUGCGAUCAUCACUGAGAAUGCUAUACCAUCGUCCGUUCAGAAACUGACUUACUAUCCAAAGAAUUCGAUAGCAGAGAGAAUCAUCCCAAAUACCGUUCAAGAAUUGGUUGUUAAAAAAACAAUGUUUCAAAAAGAACUAUUUCCAAGUAGCCUAUUACCAGACUCACUUCAAUCACUUUCAUUACCAACAGAUAUGAGAGUUCAUAUCGAUUCGGAAUUUCCAAAAUCCCUAUCAAACAUACGUUUCAGUACAAAAAGAAAUAUCUUUGUACGAAAGCUUGAUGACAAUUAUUAUCUAAUCUUUGGUCAAUCAUCUAAACAAUUUUAUGCUGCAAUCAUGAGUAAAGAAUUGUAUAUUCAUAAAAUUGAACAAGAUAUAUUUUAA